AAAAGAAGAGGAAAUUGUUAACCAUCAUAAGGGUCUUAUUUUAGAUCCCCAACAAGAAAGAAAACAACAUAUAGAUAUAGGUUCCCAUGGCUUCUAUCAAAAUCAUCAUCAGCUUCAAGAAACCCCAAGAACACCAACACAACCACCACCACCACGGCGGAGUUGUAGGUGGUGGUCCGGUGAACAAAAAACGUUCAUUCUUACCAUCUUCCGGCGAAGAAUAUGCACCGGGAAAAAUGGGAGAAAGCUAUAAUUUCCAAAACAACAAUCAACAAAACCAACUUCAACAACAACAAUUACAACAACCACCAAUUGGGUCAUCAAGAUUAGGCUUGAGAACAUCUGGGGCAAGUGGGAUUGGUGGUGAAAUUGUUGAAGUACAAGGUGGUCACAUUGUCCGGUCAACUGGCCGGAAAGAUAGACAUAGUAAAGUAUGUACUGCUAAAGGACCUAGGGACCGCCGUGUUCGCCUUUCAGCUCACACGGCGAUCCAAUUUUAUGAUGUACAAGAUCGGUUGGGGUAUGAUAGACCUAGUAAAGCAGUAGAUUGGCUUAUAAAGAAAGCGAAAACCGCCAUUGAUGAACUUGCUGAGCUACCAGCUUGGAAACCUACAAACACACCAGGUGGUGGAGGAGGAGGUACAGUUCAAGAUUUUGAGCAGAAUCAAGAAAAUGCAAACAAUCAACAAAUUAGUCAUUUUGAGCAACACCCUGAUGAUAAUAUUGUCGAUAAUCAAAUGGGUAAUUCUCAAAAUUCAAGCUUUUUACCUCCAUCACUUGAUUCAGAUUCCAUAGCUGAUACUAUUAAGUCUUUUUUUCCUAUGGGUGCUUGUGCUUCAUCAAACCCACAAAAUAGUAGUAGUAAUAAUAAUAAUACUAGUAAUCAAUUUCAUCAAAACUUUCCUCCACAAGAGUUGCUUUCAAGAGCUAAUAGUAGAACCCAAGAUCUAAGGCUUUCUUUACAAUCAUUUCAAGAUCCACUUAACCACCACCACCAACACAAUCAAGAACAAGGGCAUAAUGGUCAUAAUAAUAGUAACAAUAGUAUGUAUUUUGAUGUGUCUGGGUCAGCUGCCGGGUCGGGAUGGCCAGACCCGAACCAACCUGGUGGAUUUCAAAGAAUGGUGGCAUGGGGUGGAGACCCGGCAUCUGCCGGGUUUGUUUUCAGUUCAACACCGGCGCAAGUGCAUGCGUCGGCGUUUUUGCAACCGUUGUUUGGUCAGGCGCAAAACCAGACCCAAACAACAAACAACCAUCAAUUGUUUAACAACAAUUCACAGAGGGGACCCCUUCAGUCCAGUAAUACACCUUCGUUUCGUGCUUGGAUCGAUACACCGGCGCAGUUUACCGGUAUUCCUAUUGAUCAACAUCACCCAACUUUGGCUUUCCAUCACCCGACUUCAAUGCCUGGGUAUGCUUCAGGGUUUGGUGGGUUCUCAGGAUUUCGUAUACCAACACGAAUUCAAGGUGAAGAAGAGGAACACGACGGUAUAUCCGAUAAGCCGUCCUCUGCGUCCUCGGAUUCGCGUCAUUGAUCUGCCUUUAUGCCCCAUCUCAACAGGAAAAAUUAGAGCAGAUUGUUAAGUUAUGAUCAAGAGAUGAGGGGGAACAAGAUUCAGUGGCUGCAAAAAAUCAAGGUGUUUUUCAAGAUCUAUAUUUAAUGUUUGAAUUGAGCUGUUUGUGUAGCUCUAAACUCAUGUUUUAAAUUAUCUGGAUUUAAUGUUAUUUUUAGGCCAUGUUGUAUGUGACUUAUGUCAAUUGCCUUCUUUUGGUUUUUUAAUCAAAAUGCUCUGUUAAAUCA